CUAUGUCCAUGGUCUUCUCUCCUGUCCUGCUCUCGCCUCGACUUGCAAUGGCCGCGCCAUUAUCUCGCCAUUGAAAUCAGUCUGACAGUCUCCUCAGCUCCCCAUCGACAUCACCGUUCCGCGCUUCCGCCGCUGCAACAACCUCGCAACUUGCAACACAAAUCUCCGGAGGAAAGACAAUGAUGGAAUUCCCAAUCAGUACACUGGAAAAUAAACUGGAACUCAAAAUGGAAUAAAAUCUUUAUGUUGGAGACUAUUCUGAGGUUUCCUGAUGAUUAGAUGCAGAAGCCCCCUUUUCUGAUGAAAUUUUAGUUUUAUCAAGCAAAUUGGUUUAGACUUGUGAAAUGGUGGCUUGGGAUGGGAUUAAUCUGAAUGCUUGUUUGCAAGGGAUUUAGUUGGCACCAGGAUGGUGUUGGAUGUGAUUACCAAUUCAUCAUUUGGUCCAGAUCUUCUCUCUCAGACCAUAGAGAGCAUGCUUGAAGUAGUGUGUACAUCCAAGAACGUCAUUGUGGGUAAGAGCAGUUUGGAUGAGCUUUCGUUGUACUUGGAUAGAAUUGUUCCUAUCCUCAAAGAGUUAAACAAGAACAACACAAGCGAUUCCAAAAGUUUGGAAAAUGUUGUUGAGAUUCUUAGCAAGCAGACUAGGAUGGCCAAGCAACUUAUUGCAGAAUGCAACGUGAAGAACAAGUUUUAUCUGUUGAUGAAUUGUCGAUCUAUUGCUAAGCGCAUAGAGGGCAUCACCAAAGAGAUGAGCCGGGCAUUGAGUUGCAUUCCUUUGACCUCACUUCACAUCUCUUCAGGUAUUAAGGAAGAGAUUGUCCGACUGAUUGACAACAUGCGCGAUGUAGAUUUUAGAGCAGCAGUAACUGAAGAAGAAAUUUUGCAGAAAAUUGAAGCAGGAAUUGAAGAGAGGAAUGUUGAUCGCUCCUAUGCCAACAAUUUGCUAGUUUCAAUUGCUGAGGCAAUCGGAAUUCCUAGUGAACACUCAGCACUGAAGAAAGAAUUUGAGGAAUUUAGAAAUGAAAUAGAAAAUGCACGACUAAGGAAAAAUCAGGCCGAAGCCCUACAAAUGGACCAGAUAAUUGCUCUGUUGGAAAGGGCAGAUGCUGCAUCAUCUUGGGAGGAUAAGGAAAAGAAGUAUUUCACAAAGCGCAAUUCUUUAGGAAGCCAACCUUUAGAACCACUUCAGUCAUUUUAUUGCCCAAUCACUGGAGAAGUAAUGAUUGAUCCUGUUGAGACUCCUUCAGGACAUACAUUUGAGAGGAGUGCCAUAGAGACCUGGUUGACUGAAGAAAACUCAUGCCCCAUAACAUUAAAUUCAUUGGAUACUUCAAUGUUGAGGCCUAACAAAACUUUGCGACAGUCAAUUGAGGAAUGGAAGGAGAGAAAUACAAUGAUCACUAUUACUUCCUUGAAACAAAAGCUCUUGUCAGAUGACGAUGAAGAAGUUCUUAAUUGUCUGGAGCAGUUAAAGGAUAUUUGUGAACAAAGAGAAAUACAUAGAGAAUGGGUAUUAAUGGAGGAAUACGUAUCUAGUCUAAUUAAGCUUCUCGGGGCAAAAAGUCGAGAGAUAAGAAAUCUAGUUCUUCAGGUGCUCUACAUUUUGGCAAAGGAUAAUAAUUAUGCUAAGGAAAGAAUUGUUGAAGUUGAUAAUGGAAUGGAAGCUAUUGUCCGCUCUCUUGGACGCCGCAUUGUGGAGGGGAAGUCAUCAGUGGCGUUACUGCUCGAACUAUCAAAAAAUGAGUCAAUUCGCGAUCGAAUUGGAAAGGUUCAAGGUUGUGUACUUCUCUUAGUUACCAUGUCAAGGGGAGAUGAUAUCCAAGCUGCCAAAGAUGCAACAGAUCUUUUGGAGAAUCUUUCAUCCUCUGAUGGCAAUGUUAUCAUGAUGGCAAAAGCUAAUUACUUUAAGUAUCUGUUGCAACGUCUAUUUGCAGGACCAGAUGAUAUCAAAUUGAUAAUGGCAACAACUUUAGGAGAGAUGGAGUUGACUGAUCAUAAUAAAUCAUCUCUCUUUGAGGAAGGAGUAUUGGAUUCACUUCUUCGGUUGAUAUCACAUCGUGAAACUGAGAUGAAAGUUGCUGCUGUCAAAGCCCUUUUGAAUCUCUCUAGCUUACCCAGAAAUGGCUUGGAGAUGAUAAGACAAGGUGCAGUGCGCCAGUUGCUUAAUAUGCUUUACCACCAUGCCCACCAGAGCUUGGGGGAAGUCGUUGCAGCCACUAUCAUGAAUCUUGCCAUCUCGACCACCAAUCAGGGUUCGAGUGGAACACCGGUUUCAUUAUUGGACUGUGAUGAAGAUAUAGAGGGACUUUUUAGCCUAAUUAAGCUUGUAGAAGCUACUGUACAAGAAAGUAUUCUGCGUACUUUCUGUGCCAUGUGCCAGUCUCCUUCUGCAGGUAGUGUCAAGGCCAAGAUAGCCCAGUGCCCGGAUGUCCAAUUACUAGUUCAAUUAUGUGAGGAUGGUGACACCAACGUAAGAGCAUAUGCUGUGAAGUUGUUGUAUCAUUUGGUCGAGGAUGGUAAUGAAGCUAUUAUUCGAGAGCACACGAAACAAAAAUCAAUUGAAACGUUGCUCAGAAUCACGACAACUUCUCCUGAUGAAGAAGAAAUUGCUUCAGCAUUAGGUAUCAUCUCAAACUUUCCCGAUUCCCCCCAGGUCUCUGAAUGGCUUUUAGCUGCAGGAGGACUUCCUGUAUUUUUCAAAUUUCUUCCAGAUGGUAACAAUAGCAGUUCCCAAGCAUAUCGGUUAGUAGAGAAUGCUGUUGGGGCAUUGUGCCGUCUCACAGACCCAACAAACCUGCAAACACAGAGGAAAGCUGCCGAAGCUGGCAUUGUUCCCAAGUUAGUCCAGUUGCUAGGUUCAGGCACAAGCCUGACGAGAAAACGGGCUGCUAAUGCUCUUGCUCAGCUUUCCGAGAGUUCUUCUGUCCUUAGCCGGCCAAUCACGAAGCAACAAGGGUUUUGGUGCUUCUCGCCUUCGAAAGUAGAGGUGUGCCCUGUUCACCGAGGAAUUUGUGGAGUUGAGUCAUCGUUUUGCUUGUUAGAGGCUAAUGCAGUGGUGCCUCUCGUAAGGGUUCUUCGAGAUUCAGAUACUGGAGCUUGUGAAGCUUCCCUGGACGCCCUGUUGACUUUGAUUAAAGAUGAAAUGCUACAAAAUGGUAGCAAAGCUCUUGAUCAAGCAGAUGCCAUACCCUCCAUGAUUAGACUACUUAGCAACCCUUCCCCUGGGUUGCAGGAAAAGGUCCUGCAUUCCCUGGAAAGAGUUUUCCGAAUGGUGGAAUACAAGCAAAAGUAUGGACGGUUAGCACAGAUGCCUUUAGUCGACUUGACACAACGGGGGAGUAACAAUCUGAAGUCUUUAGCAGCAAAGGUACUCGCGCAGCUAAAUGUGCUUCACGAACAGUCAUCCUACUUUUAAAAUUUCGGGGGCGCAACAUUUAUCAAGUGAUGAGUUGAAAAGCUGGAAAACUUGUUCCUCAUGGCAAGGACUGAAGGAAGAGCUUCAUAUGUUUUGUCCUCUUCCCAUUAAAAUAUGCGUGUGAAUAUGAAUUUCUUUAUCCUCAUUGUAGGAUGGGUUCUUUUUAGUUUUAUAGAAACCUUAUUGAUUUGUAAGCAGAGGUUGUAAGGCAUGAAAAUUCUUUCUAAUAAUGAAUAGCUUAUUCAUUUUUAUGGCAA